CGGCAGCUGCGAACCUCACGAGUCCAAAUCGGCUCCGGCGGCUAUAUCCCACCUUCCCGGAAAUACAGGUUCCUCAGGACAACCAAGGCGAGCCCCCAAUUUUCUUGCCCCCCUGCUUUAAAAAGGAAAAAACUUUGCUUUGCAUUCGUUGACCUGCAACUGCAAGCUCCGCUUUCCAAUCCCUGCUCUUGCCCUCCGUCGCUUCACCUCAGCUCUUGCAGCAGAGGCGGCCAAUGGCGCAGGACGAUUCCGUUGUGUCUGCACAGUGGCUGCAGCAGCACCUAGGCCAGCCCGACAUCAAGAUACUGGAUGCUUCCUGGUACAUGCCACACGAGAGCAGGGAUGCAUGGCAAGAAUACCAGGUGGCCCACAUUCCUGGCGCGCUCUACUUCGACAUCGAUGGAAUUUCUGAUCGGACGACUCAUUUGCCACACAUGCUGCCAUCGGAAGAGGCAUUCGCGGCAGCGAUUUCUGCACUUGGCAUCAGUAACCAUGACAAAGUCAUUGUUUAUGAUGGGAAGGGGUUCUACAGCGCGCCUCGUGUUUGGUGGAUGUUCAGAAUUCUUGGACAUGAUAAAGUUUGGGUCUUAGAUGGAGGUUUCCCUCAGUGGCAAGCUUCUGGAUUCAAUAUUGGAAGCAGCUGCCCUGAUGAUGCAGUUCUGAAAUCCAAAGCUGCUAAUAGUGCUGUUGAAACAGCUUAUAAUGGUGAAUUGGCAAAUGCUGUCACAUUUCAGACACAGUUUCGACAUCAGCUAUUGUGGACACUAGAAAAGGUCAAACACAAUGUAGCUGCUAAGGCUCACCAAGUAGUUGAUGCCCGAGUAAAGGGCAGAUUUGAUGGUGUGAUGCCAGAACCAAGGGAAGGAGUAAGAAGUGGGCAUAUACCUGGAACUGUAUGUGUUCCAUUCCCUGAGAUGUCUGAUGGUGCACAAACGCUCCUCCCUGCAGAUGAGCUAUCUAAAAAGUUCGAGCAAGCAGGCAUUUCCCUUGAUCACCCGAUUGUCCUCACAUGUGCAUCUGGUGUAACUGCCUGCAUACUUGCGCUGGGGCUCUAUAGAAUUGGGAAGCAUGAUGUUCCGGUUUACGACGGAUCUUGGACAGAAUGGGAAGCACUGCCAGAUAAUGAUUACCCAAUAGUUACUUCCACUGGCUCUUAAAUCCGUCACUCUGAGGUGAUGAAUGCAGCUGUUGCAUCCUGCGGCAUUCAGCGCAGAUUGUCAGCCCAAUGAUAUUUCCCUUUGGCAAACUUUGCAUCAAAGUCGAUACAGAGGUUAUAGAAAAAAAAAACUAUUUGUACUAUGGCCAAUGUCUAUAGGCCGAUAAUGAGGAAAUCCCAUGUCGAAAGAGUCAA